AAGCAGUUCGAAAUAAAGAAGAAGAAUUAUAUAAAGAACUAUCAACUUGGGUUGGUUUUUUCAAAGCUCAUGUUUGUACUUGGGCUAAAUUACUUUUAAAAGAAAGAAGACAUAUAAAAAAUCAAUAUGAUGAAUGGUGUUGGGAAUGGAGG